ACGGGCGAUGCGGCGACACGGGGCAACGGCGCGACGACGGAAGCCAGGCACCCCGUAAACUUGGACAACUCCAAGGAGUGAGCAGCCGAAAUGAUCAGACCCUCGCAUCACCAGGCACACUCCAGGUUUGGGUCACGGCAACUCCGGUUCAACAUGCUCAAGGCCGUUCGGACAGGUAGAUGGUGCCCCCCCUGGAAAUGCAACGGUUCAGGGGCCCAACGGUCCGUCAAUUUGGGCGCCCAGAGCCAAAAUCCCUCGUCCGCUGCAACGCUGCCACUUGCAAUCCUACCGCACGCCCAAACUCCCGGCAAAUUUGUGCCUGGUCGGGUGCUUACCUGCAUUCGCCCUCGUCCAUCAAAUCAUGGUCCAUUUCCUUUGCAGGCCAUCAAUCUCCCCCGUUGUACCAUCAUUACCUAUUUCGUUCGUGGUCACAGUGUUUCUCUAUGGUGUCAGGUGCUUUUUUAUAACCCUGUGUAUAUACAGAGGAGGGCGGGAGGCACACCCGGUUUGCAGGGGAUCCGGGUUGAGUUUUGUUGCUUUUUGUUUACACCAUCAAGUUACUGCACGAUACCUUACUUUUGGCCUCAGUAUUGGCCCUAUUUCGGUUUAUGGGUCUGGUGUUUAUCUAUACAGGCGGACAGGAUUGUUUUUUGGGAUACCGACUACACUGGUGCUUCUUUAUUUCCUAGGGAAGGAGUAAAAGGGGAACGAUAAAGGAACCUAGGAGGGGGGCGACCUGGGAGGACAGGCUCGUUUCCAUUAGCCCCAGUCCCUGACUGCUUUCCGGGUAGAAAUAUAACAAGCAUAUUCGCAUACGCAUUGGCGCAGGCGUAGUGUGCCCGUUAUCAAUGAACCCUCUACGCUACAGUUACUCAGUGGUGUUCCGCCUUCCGCCCCCACCUUAGGUUGUUUCUCUUCGUUUGCAGGUGCAUCCACGAAUUCUCUCCAGUUUCCGACACCGCAACCUUGUCACGUCCU